AUGAGUUCGAACCAUCCUAACGUCGCUGAAGGCAUCCAGAACACCUUCGUCGCUGAAGGCAUCCAGAACACCUCCAGUGAGCCACCCCGGUCGAUUCCCGAUCGCCAGCUGAGGAACGUGUCAUCGGACCCGCCAAGAGCUCUUGGGGCGUCGACUAGCUUCGACGAUCGAAUGACUGCAGUUGAGAAAGUGUUGAACACAAUUGCUGGAUCUCUGUCAGAGAGACACCAGAACAACGAAAGUUCGCCAGCUGAUGCCACCUGGUCGGCCACUGCAGAUCCAUCGACCACGCCAGCAAACGCGGUCAAUACGGUCCGUGUGGAUAGCCUGCCGCAAUUUCCAAAAAACGUGCCGCAUGGCUUGAUCUGGGAAACCUUCACCGCCUACCUGGAGAAGUUUAAUCUAUCGUUGUCUCUCUACCACGUCAGGGAUUCAGCUCAGAAAGCUAAGCUGUUGUACCUGGCCAUGGGUGAUGACCUUCAGGAGAUCGUACGUACCAACGGCUUGCGCCCGAGUCUUGGGGACCCUGAGUGCUACGAGAAGAUGAUUAAGAACAUCGCAGCAUAUUUCCGCUCAUUGACCGACGCCUCAGCGGAGCAUGAUGCAUUCGGCGAGAUGAAGCAGGGACCGGACGAACCGGUGAUGAAGUUUGUAGCCAGACUCAAGUCGAAGGUCAGUGCGUGCGGCUAUCACACGGACGACGAGGAGCGGUUUGUGCGAUCUCAAUUUUUGAAGGGGAUGAUUGAUCAAAGCUUGGCCGAACACGCGAGGAUCCACAACCACGCUCUGGGAGAGCUGAUCAGCAACGCUCAUCGCGCUGAGAAUCUGGCCAGUAAGAGAAAGGAGGCUCUGGCGAAAGAGACUCAGGAAGAACAUCAGGACGUUUGCGUGAACAGAAUUCCCUCGGACGCGCGAAGGGCUACCACGAGCGUGAGCAGACAACCCGCAGGUACGGAUCAGGUGACACAAGCGGAAACGGGCGAAGCACCGGUGGUUACCAGGAAUACGGGCGGAACUUCGGAGGAACACGUGGACAGGGUUCACGUGGACGAGACAUCCAGCGCAACGAAGGAAACGGACCAGGGAGGAACAGGAGCUCGUCGGCUAGAGUGUCGAAUGGGCGCAAAAGUUGCCCCAACUGCUACGGUGACCACAAUGACCGAGAGCCGUGUCCCGCCACGGACAGGAAGUGCUGGCGAUGCAAUGGAGUUGCUUGAUGUAAACACGUUGUCCCUAGACGACGUCCUCGUUGACUGCUGUGUGGGCUUGUCGGAACCGAUCAAGUUCAUGGUGGACUCGGGCGCGGACGCUAACAUAAUUGGGGGUUUGGAUUGGAGGAAACUUCGCAUUGACGUCGACCGCGGCCGCGCAGCGAUCCGAAUGGUAAAGACCUCAAGAACCACAAGUCUCCGUGCGUACGCGUCAAGCGAACCGCUGCAGGUAGAGCUCGCGUUCGAAGCGGAUAUACAGGUCGCAGGAGUCUCCGGCAGGGCAGUACGCGCCGAAUUCCUUGUUGUCCCCGGCGGCACUCGAUCACUUCUCGGCCGAUCGACAGCAAGCGACAUGCAACUCUUGCGGGUCGGGCUGGAAACUAAUGCUUGUCGCGGAGUCAGGGAGCUGGAUGUGUUCCCCAAGAUGCCCGGCGUCAAGGUUAAAUUCAGUGUGGAUCGCUCGGUGGUGCCCGAAAAGAAUGCGUACUACAAUGUACCAGCUGCAUACCGCGAGGGCGCCAGGAAGCGGCUUCGGGAAAUGCUGGAAAAGGGAAUAAUCGAGGAGGUGAAAUCCGCCCCGAAUUGGAUUAGUGGUAUGUCAGCGGUGCCCAAGGGGAAGGACGAUUUCAGACUGGUGGUGAAUAUGAAAGCUCCCAACAGAGCCAUCAAGCGUGAGUACUUUAGACUACCCUUGGUGCAGGAAAUGAAAGUAAAGUUAAGUGGCGCAAAAUACUUCACCAAGUUGGACCUGACCAGCGCCUACUACCACCUAGAGUUGGCCGAGGAAUCUCGCGAUUUGACCACCUUUCUGAGCGAGGAAGGAAUGUAUCGUUUCUGCCGGCUUCUCUUUGGAGUGAACGCUGCCCCUGAGAUCUUUCAGCGGGAGAUGGUACGGAUCUUUAAGGGAAUUAAGAACGUCAUCAUUUAUAUUGAUGAUAUCUUAAUAUUUGGUGCGACACUCGAAGACCUAAGGGAAACUGUUGCUAAGGUAACGGCGGUCCUGAAGGCCAACAACCUCACGCUGAAUCCGGGAAAGUGUGAGUUUGAUAAGCGCCGAAUCACGUUCCUGGGACACGAAUUGGAUGAACACGGUUUCCACGUGGACGAGAACAAAAUCAAGCACGUUGAGAAGUUCCGGCAGCCAAGAACGGCUUCAGAGCUACGGAGCUUCCUAGGGCUGGCAUCGUUCAUCAGUCCAUACAUCCAAAAUUUCGCGCGGCUGACCGGUCCGCUGUGGGAAGUAGCUUCGACAAAAACGUGGAAAUGGGGCCCAGGACAAUCCGAUGCUUUCGAGAAAACGAAGUCGCGCAUCUCUCAGUGCACAGUCACUUUGGGAUAUUUCUCGGAUUCGGAUAAAACGGUACUCUACGCCGACGCUUCUCCAACUGCGCUGGGCGCCGUUUUGGUCCAAGAACCUCGGUCUGGAAGUCCUCGUAUAAUAUCGUUUGCCUCAAAGGCGUUAGAUCCGACGGAGAGGAGAUACGCUCAAAAUCAGUGGGAAGCACUUGCUGCUGUUUGGGCCGUAGAGUACUUCUCAUUCUAUCUACUGGGAAGACACUUCACACUUAGGACUGAUGCUCGAGGAGUGGCAUUCAUUUUGAACAGGACGCGCGAGAACUCCAAGCGAGCUCUGACCAGGGCUGAUGGUUGGGCUUUGAGGCUUAGUCCGUAUCGCAUCACCGUGGAGUACGUCGAGGGAAGGUUCAAUAUUGCAGAUCCGUCUUCUCGACUUUACGUCGGGGUAGACGACCCGUUCGAUGAAGCUGAGAGCCCAUGGGAGGUCGCAAAGAUCGAUGCAGUGGACGCCAAAUUUCUGACCGAACGAGAAGUUCAGGAGGCUACGGCGCGGGAUCACGAGCUUUCGCUCGUAUCACGGGCCCUGAGGUCCGGGGUGUGGCCGAAAGAAAUCCGCAGGUUUCAGCUUGUUGAAAACGAUCUCUAUGUCAGAAACGGUAUCGUCGCCAAAUUAGGCUGUGUCGUGGUGCCGGAACCCCUCCGCCGCAAAGCCUUGACCGUGGCGCACGAAGGUCACCCGCUCGUUGCAAAGCUGAAGAGCAUCCUCCGCGAACGGGUGUGGUGGCCUGGGAUGUCCAAGGAUGCUGAGGAUUGGGUCAAGUCCUGCCAAACGUGCACGAUGAAUGGAAUGCCUGAAAAGACGACGCCGUUAAUUCGAAUCUUUGCUCCAAAAUCGGUAUGGGAGAUGCUGGCAGUUGACUUCAACGGACCCUACGCCAGGUUUGGUGGAAUUUACAUCCUGGUGUUGGUGGAAUACCGGUCGCGAUUCGUGUACGCCCGGCCAGUUAAAUCGACUAAUUUUGAAAACACCAAGCGCAUCUUUGACGACAUCUUCGAGAAGGAAGGUUUCCCGAAAGUGAUCAAAUCCGACAACGGGCCACCGUUUAACGGAGAAGAGUAUAAAAACUAUUGUUUGGAGCGAGGAAUCGAGCCAGUCUUCUCAACACCACUUUUCCCUCGACAAAACGGGAUGGCCGAGUGUUACAUGAAGUUGGUCAACAAGGCCAUGGCCUCUGCUGUUCUGAGCGGAACUGGUUUUGAGAGGGAACUUCAAGCCGCGGUCAGAGCCCACAAUUCCUCCGCGCACUCAAUCACCAAGGUUCCUCCAGAGGAAAUGAUGUCCGGGAGGAAAAUUAGACGAAAUUUGCUUCUGCUGGUGAGCAAGGAGAUACGACUGGACAACGAGGCCAUCGACGAGAGGGACCGGAAAGCAAAGCAGAAAGGAAAGGAACGCGAAGAUGCCCGGCGGGGAGCUCGUGAGUGUAGCAUCAAGCCCGGUGACAAAGUGAUAAUCCAAAAACAGUCGCGCUCAAAGGGAGACUGCAAAUUCGGCUCAACAAAAUACAUGGUCAUUGAACAAACUAACGGGAACCUCACCCUGGAGGACGACGAAGGCUUGCGCAUUAAAAGACACGUAUCCCAGACGAAGCGGGCGCACAAGUGGCGAGGUGAAUCCCCCGAACACGGCGUUCGGUCUAGUACAGCAAACGAUUCGCCGCAAUCCGAAGAGGCCGUGCGGCCAAAUGCAUCUGCAUAUCCACUCCAACCUGGUGGCAGCGGCCGGCGAAGCGCUAUACCCGACCUGUCCCGAUCCGGACAGGAGGCUCGUCCUUCCAGGCAGAAGCAGGUUCCACUCUAUCUGCAAGACUAUGUGCGGCUGGUGGAGGAGGACUUGGCGUAUCAGAAAACGAAACAGAAUUGA